GCAAAGGUCUGGCGUAUAGUAUCACAACUUAAGUCCGCUUCCUAAAACGCUACGUAGGACAUCUUUCAGCCGGUGACAUUAAAGCUCUUCUAAUCUGUUUGAUUGCACUUUCCCUUGCUAUCUCACCGUGCCACUUGUUGGCUGCUCGGCUCCUUAAGUUGUUUCCACCAAGGCCACGUUCGAUUUACGCUUCGAAUCAAUGCAAGAAGUGCUUGAAAACUAUAUCCCUUUUCUGUGCAUUGAGUCACGACAAGUGUGAUGAUGAGGUCGUUUAUGAUCGUUACAUUGCCAAUUUUGCUGGCUCUCGCGUUUAACGGUGCCUUUGGCCAGCUGGAGCCCGAGUGCGGUGUUUUAGGUCCUGCGACGAACACAAUUAUCGACGGAGAUGACGUCAACGCCUUACAGUUCCCGUGGCAGAUAUCAUUGCAGUUAUUUAAUAUAACUGCGAAUCGUUGGGAGCACCUUUGCAGUGGAUCAAUCGUUGACAAGAACUGGAUAUUUACGACGGCUCACUGUCUUGAUAAGAGGAUCGUCAAUGGAAAUUUACGAGUCGUGGUCGGCGCCCACAAUAUGAGUAGCGAAAAGCAUACGUUUGCUAAAACCUUAUAUAAUCUUGGUCCUACUACCAUUGCGCUAGCGUCUAUUCAGGAUCUUGUGCGCAGUCGCGACUUGGUCAUUCAUCCCCUCUGGAAUCUGCAGCUUUUCGAUUACGACUAUGCGCUGAUCCAGUUUCCAAACCCGCUUAACUUCUCUGGCACCUACAGGCACCUUCGACCUAUCUGCUUGCCCAAGGCUGGUCAAAGGUUCGAAGGCAUGGAUUGUCUAACCUCCGCAUGGGAUUUGAUCAAGAACAGCUCUAACAUUCAAGGCCAACGAAAUGUUUCCCAGAAACUAGCAGUGCAUGUUCCACAGAUAGGAGAGUGCGUCCUUGCGAGGAAACACAAUAGCUCUAACGACGGCGUCCAGAGUCUAACCCCGCGUCAAAUUUGCACGCUAUCCAAGGAAACUGAAAAAUCCGGCCUCUGCGGUAGUGAUUCCGGAAGCCCCCUUCAAUGCAAGCUUUCAGAUCGUUACGUUCUCGCCGGGGCGAAGAGCUUUGCACGCUAUUAUGGCACGGAGGGGUGUCUCACCAUUUAUGCGCGCAUUACUGAAGUGCUUGAUUGGAUCGAGCGCGUGAAGGCCAUUAGGACGGUCUCCGACCAUUGGAGUCCGCCCUCAACUGCCGAUCAUUGGACAAGCGCGCAACACUUCGAGUCGUCUGAUGGUGAUUGCCCUCUUUUCCUAUGCCAAGCGUCGCGUUUCGAUUUCAAACCAAGGUUACCCUUUCUCUAUAUAAAAGCCACUGAGCAGCCACUUAGAACCACAGUCACGAUGAACUCUAUAAUUGUUGCGGCUUUUGUGCUCCUUGCGACUUCCGGCGCUUGCGCAUUUGUACAACAGAUAGAAUGUGGUGUUCCAGCCAAACUCCCGAUAAUAAACUACAUUAUGCAAGGGGAUGACGCAUUUCCCCAAGAGUUCCCGUGGCAAAUCUCCUUGCAAGAGAGAGACAAGUUUGGCUCAUGGGUCCAUAAUUGUGGUGGGUCAAUUAUCGACAAAGAUUGGGUCUUUACGGCUGGCCACUGCUUUGAAAUGAAAGUGAACGGUAGCGUUCCUUCGCGGAUCGUGCUUGGUGCCCACAAUAUUACCCGUCUUGAAAAACUGGCUUCAGUGCAAGAAGUUGUGCCCCGCCAUCAUGUUUUCGUGCAUCCUUUGUUUGACGCUGAUAGCCUAGAUUACGAUUAUGCGCUCAUUCAGCUGCCAGAACCUCUCGACUUCGCGGCUACCCACUCACACCUUACCCCCAUUUGUAUGCCUAUGGCAAGCGAUUCAAAAGUAUUUGACAACAUGGAUUGUAUGGUUUCUGGAUGGGGACUUACUUUAGACACUAAGGACUCCAGCCAUACGGCCGAUAUCCUUCAGAAGCUACCGGUUCAAGUACCAACACAGGGUCGAUGUGCUAGCGCUUGGUCGGAUCUCAUGGUUCCUGUUAACCUAACUUCCCGCCAAAUGUGUGUAGCCACCACACGCGGUGAAGGGAGUGGAACUUGCAGAGGCGAUUCCGGUGGCCCUCUUCAAUGCAUCCGCAACGGACAUUGGUAUUUAGCUGGUGUUUGUAGCUUCGGGAUUUAUUGCGGUUCGAUCAAGUACCCUACUAUCUUCAGCCGUACCACCGAGGCGGUUGACUGGAUCAAGGGUGUACAGGAUGUGAUGCGCCGCGAAUAGACGUGUACACGUAAAUGGGCCCACUUUUAUGUGGAACUUACGUUCAUUUUAGAAUUUGGCAAAAGAUAUGAAUCAAUUUGAAAUAAACACAGGCCCAUCGAAGCAGGCGGACUUUCAAACGUAUUUCAUGCACCUACAUAUAUUUCUAUUAUAGCCAUUGGUUAUUAACUUGUUAUUAUCGCAGAAAAGCAAAGUUAACCAGAGGACGCUUUUCACUUGUCAACCUCAAACCUUGAUUUUCUCAUAAGCCGCAGAAGCACAUGACUAACUUAGGUCGUUCAAGUUUAGGUGCAGUUCUCGUUUUUUAAGCGUUUUUAGCCUGAAUUGUACAUGUUGAACGAUUUGUCUGAUCCGGCAUUAGAAAACACUGUCCGGCAGGGACCUGAUAUUGCACGCGUGCGAUCUGUUAUAUUUCGACGUAUGAUGAUUUUCGAAUUUUUCCAUUGAACGAUCGCAUCUUGGCAAGAAUAUAUCGGGUACAACACCAGCUAUACGAACCUGUCACAUUAAAAAAGGCCAUUAGCAACAAAUGCUCAA